GAAAUUGGCGCGCAAAAUCCAAAAAGCCACAAGCAUAAACCCUAAAUUGAGUUUAGGGUUUAAGGACAUCUAGAGUAGAGACAACAAAAUCCUCUCCUCUUCCCCUCUUCGUUCUUUCAAAUUCCCCAGUUUCUUCUUUUACCUUCCCAUGGAAUGAACCUCCAUUCCUUGAAUUCUCACCUUCUACCUCCAAAACCUACUUCCAUGGCUUUCUCAGCCGCAGGAUUUCGCCUCUUCCGCUACUCCAACCACCACCUACUGCGUUCCUCGAGUUUCUCGAAACUUCGGCCAUUUUCCGAGCUUCUUUUCUUCUCCACCAGCAAUCCUCGGCGUCCGGUAAUUCAAGCCAAGCGGCGAGAUGAUAGCGAAAUGGGAGUAGUGAAUGGGGAUGAGGGCAAUGGGAGUGUGUCUCUGAAGGAUAGGGAUACUAGUAAUGAGAGGAUUGUUCCUACUGAGCUCCACAAGGAAGCUACUGAGGCUUAUAUGGCAUAUGCGAUGUCGGUUCUGCUUGGUCGAGCUUUGCCCGAUGUGCGUGACGGAUUGAAGCCUGUUCACCGGAGGAUUUUAUUUGCAAUGCAUGAAUUGGGCCUUUCCUCCAAGAAACCUUUCAAAAAAUGUGCUAGAGUUGUUGGAGAGGUUUUGGGAAAAUUCCAUCCACAUGGAGAUGUUGCUGUCUAUGAGUCGUUGGUACGCAUGGCACAGGAUUUCUCAUUAAGGAGCCCGCUCAUUCAAGGACAUGGAAAUUUUGGCUCAAUUGAUGCUGAUCCUCCAGCUGCAAUGCGUUACACAGAAUGUAGACUAGAACCAUUAACCGAAGCAAUGCUAUUGGCUGAUUUGGAGCUAGACACAGUAGAUUUUGCUCCUAACUUCGAUAACUCACAAAAAGAACCAUCACUUCUCCCUGCUCGUAUACCAAAUUUGUUGCUGAAUGGCUCUUCUGGAAUUGCGGUAGGAAUGGCGACAAAUAUUCCUCCUCAUAAUCUUGGAGAGUUGGUUGACGCACUGUCUGCAUUGAUUCAUAAUCCAGAAGCUACACUUCAGGAGCUGUUGGAAUUCAUGCCAGCACCUGACUUUCCUACUGGAGGUCUGAUAAUGGGUAAUCUCGGGAUCCUUGAGGCAUACCGGACUGGUCGAGGACGCAUUGUCAUAAGAGGAAAGACUGAAAUAGAAUUGCUUGAUUCUAGAACUAAACGUACAGCUAUUAUUAUAAAGGAGAUUCCAUACCAGACAAACAAAGCCACCCUAGUUGAGAAGAUAGCUGAACAUGUAGAAAAUAAGAAUUUAGAAGGAAUAAGUGACAUCCGUGAUGAAAGUGAUCGUUCUGGGAUGCGCAUAGUAAUUGAGUUGAAGCGGGGAGCUGAGCCCUUAAUAGUCUUAAAUAACUUGUACCGUCUUACUGCACUUCAGUCCAGCUUCAAUUGCAACAUGGUGGGGAUUCUUGAUGGACAACCAAAGCAGAUGGGCUUGAACGAGUUGCUUCAGGCUUUCCUCGACUUUAGGUGCUCAGUAAUUGAAAGGCGUGCUCGUUUCAAGCUUUCACAAGCACAGGGAAGAUGUCAUAUUGUGGAGGGUAUUAUUGUGGGGCUGGAUAAUCUAGAUGAAAUUAUUCAAGUUAUCAGGAAAGCGUCAAGCAAUGCAAUGGCAUCAACAGAUCUGAUGAAAAAGUAUAGUUUGUCCCAGAAACAAGCUGAAGCUAUAUUGGAUAUAAAUUUAAGAAAGCUUACAAUACUUGAGAGAAACAAAUUUGUUGAUGAGGGCAAAUCGUUGAUGGAACAAAUCUGUAAACUGGAAGAACUGUUAUCGAGCAAGAAACAAAUUCUUCAGUUAAUUGAACAAGAGGCUAUUGAAGUGAAAAACAAGUUUGCAACUCCCAGGCGCUCCAUGUUGGAGGAUGGUGAAGGUGGUCAGGUUGAAGACAUUGAUGUUAUACCUAAUGAAGAAAUGAUCUUGGCUAUCAGUGGAAAAGGUUAUGUUAAGAGAAUGAAACCCAACACGUUUGUUGCUCAAAAUCGUGGUACUAUAGGUAAAUCUGUUGGGAAAAUGCGAGUCAAUGACAUGAUGUCUGACUUCCUUGUCUGUCGUGCUCAUGAUCACAUACUCUACUUCAGUGAUAAGGGUAUUGUGUACUCUGCCCGUGCAUAUAAGAUUCCAGAGUGCACUCGUACUGCUGCUGGCACACCACUGAUUCAGAUCUUGUCCUUGUCAGAUGGUGAAAGAAUAACAUCCAUCAUUCCUGUGAGUGAAUUUGUCGAGGACCAAUAUCUGGUAAUGCUUACAGCAAACGGGUACAUCAAGAAAGUAUCACUGAAUUAUUUCUCAUCUAUCCGAUCAACAGGAAUAAUAGCUAUACAGUUGGUUCCAGAAGAUGAGUUAAAAUGGGUACGGUGUUGCACAAACGAUGACCUUGUUGCCAUGGCUUCCCAAAAUGGAAUGGUCAUCCUUAGCACUUGUGAAACCAUCCGAUCACUUGGAAGGAAUACAAGAGGUACAAUAGCCAUGAGGCUUAGAAACGGGGAUAAGAUGGCAAGCAUGGAUGUCAUAUCGGCAGCUCUGUGGAAAGAUCUUGAUCAAGAUGUAGAUGAACAUGGUAUCUGGAAGAAGGGAACGAGAGGUCCCUGGUUACUGUUUGUUUCUGAAAGUGGCCACGGGAAGCGGGUAUCCUUAAGCAACUUCCGUUUGUCUUCCCUGAAUAGGGUUGGCUUAAUAGGAUAUAAAUUUGCAUCUGAAGACCGCCUGGCUGCUGUUUUUGUGGUGGGCUUUUCACUUUCGGAAGAUGGAGAAAGUGAUGAGCAUAUCAUCUUGGUUAGCCAGAGUGGAACUAUCAACAGAAUCAAAGUUCGAGAUAUCUCAAUACAAUCCCGCUUUGCCAGGGGUGUCAUUCUCAUGCGGCUUGAUCAUCUUGGAAAGAUCCAGUCAGCAUCUUUAAUAUCUUCAGCAGAAGCUGAAACGGAUGAAGAUGAAGCUGGUCAACAUGAAGUUGCUGUAUGAGGCGAAAAAUUCCAACACCUCGUGUAUUUUCUUAGAAAAAAGAACAUGCCUUCUAUGUGCAGGAGCUGUAUAUAAUUUAAGAAACCAUUGUAAGUGCACAACUGUAUACUGUUAUUAACAUUUUCACGUCAUCGUGUGUUGUAUUCAUGCCUGCUUCAACCUUUAUCAACCAUAUUUUGUUAAGAUUGGCAUGUGGAGGCGUUUGAUUUUCC